UAACAUUUGUUUUCCCUUAAUUGCGUAUGAUAUUACUCUGUAGUAACUUGUGUUUGAUGUUUUUAUUUUUAGCUGUUGGUUAUCUAUAGACAAUGGUCUGAUAUGGUCGUUUGUGGGUCCAGCUGUUGCAGUUGUUAUUUUUAAUACUAUAUGCAUUGGUCUGGUUAUACGUGCUUUGUGUAGUACAAAGGCAAUGGAAACAAAGCCAGCCAGCGAAAAAGUAAAAGCAACUUUAAGGUCGCUGUGUGUCCUGCUUCCUAUCAUGGGAAUUUCGUGGAUUGUUGGAUUAUUUUAUAUCGAUGAUAGCUCCGACUCCGUACAGUAUAUAUUUGCCAUUUUGAAUGGACUGCAGGGAUUUUUCAUUUUUCUGUUUCAUUGCCUUCUUAAUAAACAGAUUAGAGAAGCAAUAAAGCUACGACAGAAAAGGCAGUCGUCAAAGAUAGCCAACCAAAUAUCUGUAAAAAGAAGCACACUGACUGCGGAUAGUAGUCAGGAAAGAUCGAAAGGAUCUACAGACGGUCUUCGUUAUAUCGGGGAAUCCAGGCAUCAGCUUGUACGAGAAGCUUCAGCAUCAACAGAAUAUUCCUUUACAGAACCCUUUGGCAGCCAUGAAUUUACAACUUACACCACCGUUGAGCCGCAAAACAACCUUAAUAACGGAACUAUGAAACAGGAAGUAAUGUUCCCCGGUGAAGACUUAACCUCCGGAAUGAUGCGACAAAACCUCUAUAUCAGGCGUGACAAGAGCAAAAGCACUCUGACUGCGGACAGUAGCCAGGAAAGUUCGAAAGGACCUACAUACAGUCGUCAUUAUAUUGGGGAAUCCAGACAUCAGAGUAUACGAGAAGCUUCGUCGGCAACAGAACAUUCCUUGACAGAACCGUGUGACAGUCGUGACUUUGCAACUUUAACCAACGUUGAACCGCAAGACAACCUUAAUAACGGAACUACGAAACAUGAAGAAAUGUUCCCUGUAGAAGAUAUAAAUCUGUUUACAGAUUUUAUUAAUCACCGAAGUGAUGCGACAAAACCUCUUUUUCAAGCCCAGCAUGACAAUGGCGUGAGCAUAGAUCAAAUAAAUCAAAUUUCACACAUCGAUAUUGACUAGCCGAAGUUUGAUGCCUUUUAUGUUAGAGAUAAUUCAGUGCAACGCUGGAACCAAUCUUUAGAUAACUCUUCAAGGGCUUCUUCUUAUAAACUGUUGUUUUUUGUUUUGUUUUUCUCAAAAGUUUUUAUUUUAUUUUGAAGUUCUAUCAAAACAAUGUUUGAAUAUAAAAAAUUAGAAUAGAAUUCAUUAAAAGAAAGGUAGAUGGCAUAAACCAAACAAAACCUCAGGUGAUAAAAAAUGUGAGAUACGUAAAAUAAAAGAAGAUGAAUUUCACUUUUUGUUAGAAUGAAAAUUAUAUAAAGACCUUAGAGAGAAGGUUAUACAUAAAUAUUACUGGAAAACCUCCUCAAACAUACGAUUAACUGAACCUAGAAAGACUGAAAAUUUCUUGACAUUGAAAGAAAAUUAUAAAAAGCUUUUGAACUUGUUAAAGCUACUGAUUAGCCUUAACACUUUUCUACCCAUAUAUGUUUAAUGAAGUCCCCUAUGUAAUGUGUAAAAUGUGCUUAAUAUGUUUAAUGCGUUACAUUCUAACUGACAGGAAUGUUUCGGAUCGAUGAAAUUGUUUAUAUACCAGAUUUCAUAGUUAUACAUUUGAGUUUAUGUAUGAAUAUAAGAAUCACUUAUUCAUUUAUACCUCCAUUGACUGUACUAUUUAAAUGUUUCAUGAUUAUAUACCAUGUUAACUCAUAGGUUUGUUACCUUUUGUUAAUAAACUCUGUCUAUAUAGUCACUAAAA